CGCCCCCGACGCUCCUAGCUCCUGCGCCCCUGGCCUGGUGGCUCAAGCCAUUUUGGCUCAAGAGCCAACCUUGAGCCAAGACCGCAGGUCUCGAAAAACCCGGUCUUAAGUAACAUUUCCGUCGACGAGACCACGAGCCUUACGCCCCUUCGCGGCGGUACAUGGCAUGCCUGGGCGGCGACGCCAUCGCGGACAUCAUCCGUGUGUCGGUGGCCGCGGCGGUGCAGGGCACGCUGCAGGCGCAGCCGGGGCUGCGGCCGCUGCAGCAGGGGCAGCAGCUGCCGCCCCAGCAGCAGCUGCCCGAAUGGGCCGCGCCGAAGCCCGUGCUGCGGCUGCGCCCGAGCCGCGCGCCGCUCGCGAUCGAGCUGGAGGAGGUGCCGGAGCCCACGUUGCUGCUGCGCCCGAGCCGCGCGCCGACCGCGAUGGGGCUGGGCUCGCCGCAGCGGGAGCCUCCGCCGCAGCGGGAGCUUCUGCCGAUGCCGGUCAAGCCGAGGCCAGCGGUGGUGGACACACCGCCCCGAGGGGACGCCCCCCCUGGGCGCUGGACGCCGCCACGGAGCAGGAACCCGAGCUGGAGGCGCUCAGCAGCGGCGGCGGACGGGCAGGCGGCGCCCGACCUGGAGGUGGCACUCCAGGAGCCCGUGAAGCGGCUGCAGCGAUGGCAGCGCCUGGAGGCGGCGCCCGCAGCGGUGCCUGCACCGCCAGGGCGCCUUGUCCGCACUCCGCCGCGCCGCCCGCAUCGCAGGCGUUCGCCUGCGCCGACGCCGCCGAAACCAGAGCCUUCGAGCCCGAGCCCGCUUCGGGAGGUGAGGCGGCGGCGCGCGGCGCGGCUGGGGCUGGCCCCGCGGCGGGCCCCAUGAGGGCGUCUCCGUUCGGCUCCGAGGCGGCGGUGGCGGGGCCGGGUCACGCUCUCAGAGAUGCAGUGGAGGAGGGGGAGCAGGAGUACCAGACCGAUCAGGCGGCACGCCACUUCGAGGACGCUGCCGGCGAGAUUUUCGCCGCGCACACUUUCGACGACAAGGAGUGCCAGACGGACCUGAAGAUGCGCCACUUCGGCGUCACCCACGCCAUGGACGACGAGGACGCCUUGGACUACGAGACCGACUUCUUCCCCACCCUGAUUGUCCACGGCGAGCCCGAACAGACGCCGGAGAAGGACGGGCUCAUCAUGAAGGACGCGUGGCAGGGCAUUCAGGCAGUCGAGCCGGACGGCGACUGCAUCAGGAGCGACGCCGAGUGCUGCCACUUCCGGGACACGGACCAGGACAGGCGGCUCUCUGCCACCAUCCCCGUUUCCAGCUCCUCCCCUAGGGAGGAGCAGCCCAUGUCGCAGGCUCCCGAGCGGACGAGCUCACAUCCUUCGCAGCGGCUGGCGGCGAUGGAUAGCUCGGGAGCGGGCAAGACCAGCCAUCGGGGCGGCGGCGAUGCCGGUGGGUCUUGCCGCGGGUCCGACAACCUGGCUAUCGAUGAGGAGCCGCUGGAUGACCGGACAUUCGCCGUCGAGCACGCCGAGCCGCAGGGCGACCAGACGGAGUACGCUGCGACGGCGCCCAUGCCCAUGGCGAACAUCAGCGAGCUCAAGACCCACUACGACGACGCGACGGCGGCGGGGGGCGUUACGACGCCGUCCGGCGGGAUCAUCACUGGCAUCAACAAGGACGACGACGGCAGGACGGCGGAUGAGUGUGAGGACACGCGGUGCGAGGAAAGUUCUGACGAGGAGUCAUUGGCUUCCCUGGUCGUGCGGAUUCCGAUGAGUGGCCACACGGACUCCGGAGAGGAGAGGGACGACGAGGACGACGACGGGGGCGGCGACUACCUGAAGAAGGAGGGCAGCCGCGCUGCCUGCAGCCCCCCCCGGGAGGAUACUCCGAGUGCGGGCCCGGGGGGGAAGGGGCCGGCAGCUACUUCGACACCCGAUGCCCAGACGCGCCCAGGAGGGGGUGCAAGUGGGGGACGUGCGUUGUCCCUUCCCGGACUUGCCCCCCCCGCCGCAGGAUGCGAGAAUGCGCCUGCCAAGGACCCGCAGCGCGUGGAGACCAACGACGACGGCGAAAGGAGGAAGGAGAGCGUUACGACGCCGCCCACGGCUGCCGCGGGCGCCCGCAGCCUCGAGUACAUCCUGGUGUUGGCUGAGGUGCGGUGCUGGCACGAGGAGGGCGGGAUGGCGCUUCCCGACAUCCACGCGCGCCUGAUGAGGGAGGCUGCCCAGCAUCAAGCGCAGGGCGCAGCGCAGCGCGACCAUGCUCUUGUUCGACGAGGCGUGGCCUGCGCCAUGGCAGCGCAGGCCAUGAGCGAACGCGGCCUCGCAUAGUGCGAGGCAGGUCCCCCCUGGGGACGCGGAGGGGUGCUGUUCUGGGCGGGUGGGCGCUGGCUGCUUCGCUGGGCCCGGUGGCGGUUCGCUCCGAGCGGAGGCUCGGACCGCCCGUCGUCGCUACCUCGGCGUGCGUGGCCGCCCGCUGGCUUCAUCAUCUACCAUAACCACAUGUUCAUCCUGAUCUUCGUCGGGUUUCGUGAGCCGCGUCCGGGGUCUUAUUAGGACGCCUGCUUUCUCAGCACAGGAGUCGGCCAAUUCCUGUGGUCGUUUAGUCGUUUAGUCGCUGGUCCCUCCUGCUUCCCCCUCUCCGUUCUGGGCUCCUCGUCCGCGCAUCGCUGACCCCGUGCUCCGCUCCGCGUAGCCGUAGCCCCUCUUGUGCUUUUCCACCCGUCCACAUCUAGGCCUGAACGUAUCUUCCUGCUGGUUUUUUCCUGCACUUUCGUCGUGCCCAGUAUAGAGCCAUUUUGGCCGAGACUAUGUCUGUACAGCCUGGUCGAUGCACAUUGAGUUGUGCGCAGGUGGGCCCGGUGGCUGCGCAGGAGGCUGGUGGUGAUUCGGGAGAGGCGCCCGUUGAAUUCCGGACGGAAA